ACCCUCUGCGGCCGCCGUACUCGCGCUCCACACAGACCACUAGCAUCCUGUGUUUACCAUUAGCCGCGCUGCUAGCCGCCGAGGUCCCGAGGAAGAGAUGGCUGAAUAUUUAAAAGUGAAGUCAACAAAACUGGUUUUGAAAGGUCUUAAAAAAGGGAAAAAAAGGAAGCACAAGGAUAAGAACAGAAAAGCGUCCGAUGAGGAACAAAAACCUGACGUGAUUGAUGGGUGGUGGUCAGUCAGCUGCUUUGGGGAAAUUAGCGGAACAGUCGCCGUAGAGAUGCAGAACAACUCGUACAUCCACGCCAUGGAUACUGGACUUUUCACACUCGGCGCACCACACAAAGAUGAUGAAGGACCCGACCCACCGGAGCAGUUUACUGCCAUCAAGCUCUCCGACUCACGUAUAGCUUUGAAGUCUGGAUAUGGCAAGUACCUGGGUAUCAACUCCGAGGGUCUGGUGGUGGGUCGCUCCGAUGCCAUCGGCGCCAGGGAACAAUGGGAACCGGUCUUCCAGGAGGGCAAAAUGGCUCUCAUGGCAGCGAAUAGCUGCUUCAUCUCCUACAGCGAGAGCGGGGACAUUGCUGCAAAGAGCAAGACGGCGGGCGAUGGCGAGAUGGUGAAGAUCAGAUCAAGCGUGGAACGAGACGUCAAGCCUAAAGAUGACAUUGCGGAUGAGGACAGAGGCAACGUGAAGUCCUGCGAGGUCAAUUAUGUGAAGAAGUUUCAGAGUUUUCAAGAUCGGCGACUCCGGGUUAACGAGGGCGAAGCUUCCACGUUAAAGAAAGCCAGAACGGACGGGAAGUUUCACGAAACUUUGCUUGAGAGGAGGAGCAAAAUGAAAGCAGACCGGUACUGCAAGUGAUGACUCAACUUUGCCGCCUUGUCUUUGUAAAUGUCGCCAUCUCAUCAAUUUGUUCCAUUAAUCUAACAAUGGAUGUACUUUUAGUUUCUUUUUAUAUUUUUAAUAAACAUUACAUUCGAACCUGU